AGAAGGAGGAGGCGAGGAAGGUCUCCAGGAUCGAUCCGAUCUUGACGUCACUGCCCAACUCAUUUCAGCAACUCCCCCCACCCUACGAUCCUGUCCAGACCGCUGGAUGAGAGCAGCCGGAUCUGCACGCCUCCUACCGGAUUCCUGGACGUACCAAAAUUCCGUCAGAUCACAGCAGGGGACCCCUCUUCAUCUGCCCAUCUACUUCGCAGCAGGGAAGUAUCCGAGGGAUUUUGUUGAGUCUUUCACUUCUCUCUUUCGACUCCUGAGUGAAAACAGAGAGCAAUUUGUUGUGAUCGCUGAGAGAAGGCAGAUUUGACGACCGGGAGCUGGUGUUUUGUAUGCUACGGGAAGCGUCUGAGACUUGCGUUUGGCGGAGCAUGGAAUCCGAAGGCAGCGACGAUUUCCCAUCCGUGGUCGAGUUGAAUGUCGGAGGUGUUCUCUACACGACUUCUCUGAGCACCUUGACAAAGGACACCAAAUCCCUGCUUGGUCAAAUCUUUACCGGUAAGGAAAGCAUUGGCAAGGAUUCAAAAGGCCGAUACUUCGUUGACCGAGAUGGUGUUCUCUUUCGAUACAUUCUAGAUUUCCUUCGGAAUCAGAAGCUUGUACUACCAGAAAAUUUCCAUGAGCGAGAACGCCUGAAAAACGAGGCGGAAUACUUCAAUAUGGUUGAUAUGAUAUCUUGUGUGGACUCUUUGACUUCCAAUAAACAAGUCAUUUCUCCAAUCCCCAGGAUGUCUUCCGUGACCACUCCCACUUCUCCAGGAGGGAUGCGCGGACAGCCUGGUUACUUGACCGUCGGUUACCGGGGAUCCUUUGCCUUUGGACGUGACGGAUUGGCUGAUGUCAAAUUCAGGAAACUGACCAGGAUACUCGUUUGUGGACGCGUUACAUUAUGUCGAGAGGUGUUUGGAGACACUUUGAAUGAAUCAAGGGAUCCAGACAGAGUUAACGAAAACAGGUACACUGCUCGAUUCUUCCUCAAGCACAACUUUUUGGAACAAGCAUUUGAUAAUCUCCAAGAAGCUGGAUUCCACUGCGUGGCUGCCGCUGGAUCCGGAACAUCUGGAAGUGGUAAUGAGCCUCUGAAACCCGGAAUCGAUUUCGAAGAGAACAGAUGGAAUCAUUACAAUGAAUUUGUUUUCGUUAGGCCCUAAUGUGAGUCAAAAAGAAUUUUCAACGAGACAUAAUGGUGAAUAAGCUCUUUCGUGAAUUCAAAAUUUUUUAUAAUUAUUCAAAUGGCGAAUGAAUUCCUACUGAAAAUUAGGAGAUAGUUAAUGAAUAACGUUAAAUUAAAUGCAUUUUCCACAUGCUCGCUUUGAAAAUAUUUCUUUUUAAGCCAUUCAAUGGGCACUUAUUGUCUUGCAUGAAGGUUACAGAAAGCUUUACUGACCUGAUGCUAGUAAGACAGGAAACGCUAUAUUAUAUAUAAUGAAGAUUUCUUUAAAUAUAAAUUAUUGCACACAAAUUAAAUUUUUUAAGUAAAUUGUUACAGCAGACUGAGGAUUUCCUAACAAAUUUCACCUAAUGCCAUAGAUGAAUGGCAUUUUAAAAGCAUUUCUGGUUUUUUUUCCUAGUAGGGAAAAGAUAAGUACUUGAUCAUUACAAUGAUGGAAGUGAUAAUGAUGGACGAAACUUAAAUUCAAAAUAUUUUGUUAUUUAAUGGCUAGAAUUUAAAAACAAAAAAGACAAUACUUGCUGUAUGAGAUUUUGGGGGUGGGAGGAGAGGGACUAAUGGUCAAUGAAAGAUAUCCAAAGAUGAGAGUUUACAUAUCUCUUAAACAAUUAAUACAAUUAAUACCCAUUAAGUUAUCAAAAUAUUGAAUGAGAAAGGGAAAUAUUACUAAAUUGGUUCACUUAUUCCCAAUUCUCUCUUCUCGUCUGCUGGAUAAUUUUCGCUUCGCUUUCAGAUAUGAGCACAUUUGAUUUAUAUAUUUAUUUAUCAUUCUUUCAGAAUUACAAGUGAUGUUUGCUUUGGGUGAUUGCACGAUGGGAGAACCUGACAGUAAAAUAAUGGAUAACGCUGAAACUGUCGUAACUUAAUUAAUUUGGUAUUCUACCAAAUAUCGAAGAGAAAUAGGUUUGUAUUGCUGUCCAAGAAACGUGCUAAACGAUAAUAAAUAAAACAAUUAUAUAUUCAUGGAUACAAGUGUGAGGAUUUGUGGCUUUGUCUUGAAGGAAUUGGGAAGAGGAAUAAGAUGGAAAAAAUUUUAAAUAAUUCUAAAUAAACAGGAAACUAUUUUUAAUCUAAUAGCAAGACUUCUGGCCGUGAUGCAAGUAUUAAACUCAUAUUUUAUAUCCGAAUUUCGGGUCCAAUUUUAUAACUGAAUUAUAAAUUUGAGCUGUUGAUUGCAUCAGAAAUAUUUAAUAAUCGUAGUUCACUUAUCUCGUAAGAUUGAAUAAAAGUUUUCAUAACGUUUACUUCAUUUUUAAAAUACAAGGAAUGAUGGUUAAUUACGUUUCAAUUAGAUUAUUGCUAAGAACAGCUCUUACUGAUGUCGGUUGAAAUAGUAAUUUUGUGUGUUUUGAAAACUCUUAAAACUGAUAGAAACGCUAUGUAUAUUAAGAGCUAUGAUAGUUAUAGCUAAAUAUAAAGAAAUUUUUAAUUUAUUAAAAAUAUAUAUUAACUGUUGCUAUGCUGAUGAACUUUAUAAAUUGUGCACCAAGCUUUCACUAACUUUGUUAUGCAAAAAAUAGCAUCUAGUCUAGGCUUAAAUUUGCAGAUGUGCAUUUGCGAUACUCUCGCACAUUUUAGAACUCAACGAUGUCUUUCACGUAUUUUGUGCUUUAUCCUCUAACAUGAAAUAUUUUUGUAAAAGUGCUUAAAUAUCUUACUUUGCAGACAGAGAUAUAUUAUCCAAUUUACUUUCAUGAAGUGGAUGUGAUUUAUAUCGCGACAAUUUUUGUUUAUCAUAUCAUCUCCACAUUCCAGUUCCAGUGUAUUUUCUGUGAUUCUGAAAAGAAAAAUAUUUUUACACAAACAAAAAUUUUAUCUUUCGGGAUACACAUGAGCUUAUCUUUCAAAUUUCAUAUCGUGAAACUUAUAGUUUAAUAUCGAUGAAUACACGUAGAAUGUCUCUAAUUUUAAAAAAAGCUGCUCUUCCGAGCUAAUGAUAUUCUUUCCAAAUCUUUUAAGAUGUGCUUGGUAUGCUUUUAUGUAUAGUUAAUGUAUAAUCAAUUUUUUUGAUUGUUACUAAACACUGAGAAAUAUCUAUUCUACAAAUUCUGAUUUAAGCAGCUUUAUAUGUGUUUUCUUUAAACUGUCUUGAAACGCACAAGACGUAAGAAGGUCAUUCUUUUCCUGGAACGAUAGAUAAAGUUAAAUAAGGUUGGGCUAUCUGCACACGGGAAAGCACACGAAACCUAUCUGACUAAGAGGACGGAUAGCUUUUGUGGAGGAUUUUCUUUAGGAAAAUGGUUCGAAUUUACAUUACGCAUGGAGGAAACCGCGAAAUUAACCAUGCUACCAGCUUAUUUACCUGGAUUCGCACCUAGGGCGCACACCCAGCUUUCAGUGGUCUUUAACACUGGCCACUGGUUGGGGCCUUGAAGAAAGAGAAACAGAAAGCAAAUUAUCCAGUUAGCAUUUGCUUAUUUAUGCUUCGAUAUAACAGUUCUGAAAAUAAGAAUUAUUUGUGGAAUAAUUUUUUCCAACAUUCUUUUGAAAGGAGACAUUCAUAGAAUAGACAUAAUUCCCCUCAGUUUCAAUAUGUAGAUUUACUAAAUAUUACAACUACUAAAUAUACUUUCCGUAACAGUAAGAUCAGUCUGACAACAAAGAUGAUAAUUCAUUUCUGGCGUAAGUAAAAAAAAUAUCUUACAUGAACUCCUUUGAUUUAAAUAAAAAAUAAUAACAGCACUAACUUUCUUGGCAUAAAUCAAUACAUUUAGUUGACCUUAAAAAUAAAAGUCAAAUAUUCCAACAGUAGUGAAAAGUCCAAGAGUAGUGAAAAGAGGGGUACCGUUCUACACUCUUCUGAUGGAGUAAUUGCAUAGUAAAAAGGUUAAUAACCAAUUUCUGAUAAAUCUAUAUAGACUGAAAUUAGUUUGAAUCACGUAUUACAAUGUGAUAAUUAAGUAAUUUUAAAGUUCUUUGUGAUUUUGAGAAAUUAACAUAACAGAGCUAUUUCUAAGCUCUUUCUUAGUUCUUUCCAUUUUGAAUUAGGAAUCUUUGAUCAUCAAAACACAGAUGAACUGAAAGCUUUUAAAAUGUUUAAGAUUUUAAUAAAUUCAAUUGCUUUAUAUAUAUGAUACAUAAAGUGAAAAAUUAAGCUGUACCACACUGAAGAACCAUUAUAUUAUGACCACCUUUCGUUCUUAAAACUGCCAACAACCAGCGAAGCAUUGACUCAGGAAAGUGCUGAUAGGUAGCCUGAGGUAUCUGGUACCAGGCACUCCCUAACUGGUCCUACAAUUCCCGCACACUGCGAGGUGGUAGUGUCGCAGCGCAAAUUCGCUUUUCUACGUAGAACCAUAAUAUUGGAUUAGAUUCAUGUCAGGUGAAUUCGGAAGACAAGACAUGACUUGAAAUUCGCCAGAAUGCUUUACGCACCACUUCCUGACAACUAGGCCCUUAUGACAGGUGUAUUGUCUUGUUAGUAGACGUCAUAGCCUGCUGGGAACACUGUUGCCAUUAAGGGGUGCACCUGGUCUGCAAUGAUGUUCACAUAGAGCACAGGUGUUAACGCUCACAUAGUGCACAGCCGUUCCCUUGUAGAGUUCUUCCCUUUGUAAUUCUAAGUUAAUGUUGGAAGUGAAGACUCUUUUAAGAACUGAUAAGCGAAUAGUCGCUCAAGUUCGGGUGACAAGAAACAACAAGAUAGAAGGUAACUAACCCUUUAUUAUUCCA